AUGUCCGCCGCGCCGCCCACCGUGCCCCCGGCGGCCACGGCCGCCGACGAAGAGAUCCUGUACGAGUCCAUGCCACGCCUCCGCGUCUACAGGAGGCGCGUGGAGCGCUACCUGGUCGGCUCCGAGUUCGUCGCCGUCUCCACCGACGCCGCCACCGGGGUCGCCUCCCGCGACACCGCCAUCUCCCCCAACGUCUCCGCGCGCCUCUACCUCCCCCGCCUGGACGCCGCCGACGGCACGCUCCCUGUCCUCGUCUACUACCACGGUGGCGGGUUCUGCCUCUUCUCCGCCUUCGACUCCACCUACCACGCCUACCUCAACGCCUUCGCCGCCUACGCCAACGUGCUCGUCGUCUCCGUCGAGUACCGCCUCGCACCCGAGCACCCCGUCCCCGCCGCGUACGCGGACUCGUGGGACGCGGUCGCCUGGGUCCUUUCACAGGCCGCCGCCAGCGCCGGCGCCGAGCCGGAUCCGUGGCUCGCCCGCCACGCCGACCUCUCCCUCCUCUACCUCAGCGGCGACAGCGCCGGGGCCAACAUCGCGCACCACAUAGCCAUGCGGGCGGGGGCCAGCGUCCGCGGCCUCGUCCUGGUACACCCUUACUUCCUAGGGAGCGACGAGGUGGGCUCAGACGGCCUGGACCCGGCGAUGCGGGAGCGGCUCGGGAGGCUGUGGCGCGUCGCGUGCCCGGCCGCAGCGGGAGAGGACGACCCGCUCAUCAACCCGCUCGCGGACGGCGCGCCGGGCCUCGAGGCCCUGGCUUGCGGGCGCGUCCUCGUGUGCGUCGCCGGGGCGGACGUGCUCCGCGACCGCGGCCGCGCCUACUACGACCGGCUCGUGAACAGCGGGUGGCGUGGCCAGGCGGAGAUGUGGCAGGCGCCGGGCAAGGGGCACAGGUUCCACCUGCUGGAGCCGGGCUGCGACGAGGCCGCCGCGCAGGACAGGGCCAUCAGCGGCUUCCUCAACCGCUGA